CUUACCCGUAUACUGAUGAAGAGAUUGCCUUAUAUACUACACUUCAUUGAGUAUGCACUUGUAUCCACAUGGUUCAAUGGACACGGAGUUGUAUAUAAACCGCGACAGCUAACGUUCAAUCAUCAGACACUUCUCGGUCUAUUCUUCAGUAACUUGGACACAGUCUGCCAUCGAAUUUUCAUAAAAACUUCAGCCAAAAUGGUGAAGGUCUAUUUUCUUGUCGCUCUUCUCUUUGUGGCUGUAGCCGCCAUCAUGGCAGUACCCGUGGAGGAGGAAUACGAGCCCCUGGAACACGCUGGUAUCGAGGAACGUGCUGACAGACAAAGAAGAGUGACCUGUGACCUUCUCUCCAUCAAAGGAGUCGCUGAACAUAGUGCUUGCGCUGCCAACUGUCUCAGCAUGGGCAAAGCUGGAGGUCGCUGCGAGAACGGAGUCUGCCUUUGUCGCAAGACCAACUUCAAGGAUCUCUGGGACAAACGUUUCGGUUAAAUCCAAUCCUACACCAAGCUCCGACGAAUUUUCCAUGCAACGAGAGAUACGCGAAGAAGACGCGACUAAUGUCAAGAAGUUACCAAAUAUUUAAAAAACUACGCUUAUUUUAUUAUAGUUAUAGUGAAUCUUUCCUUACUAAAAAUUCCGCGGAGCUUAGGUUGUUAAAAGCCACUUUAUUUGAUAGUACAGCUGAGUUUUUUUGACAAGCUAUUAUACAGAAUAAAUAAAGUUUCAAAAGAAGAAAAAACAUAAA